CAUAGACAGCGGACACGGAGAUGAUCCCAUUAGCGCUGGCUGCAGCGGCACAUGCUCAGUUAUGCUUGUUGAAGGAGAUCUCAGCAGGCUGUGCUUGAACACUGAGGUCAUCGCCUGCGCGGAGUAAAAAAUACUCCGCGCAGCCUCCAUUUUGAGUAGUAUGAAAUAGAGGAAAGCAUAGUUUUGAGCCGCCGCCGCCGCAAACAAACUGUAAACACUAGCGAAACAGCCUCUGCCAUGGACGACCUGUUCAGUCCGCGAAGGCAGCUGAACAGCACACAAGGAGAGAUAAGAGUGGGACCAAGUCAUCAGGCCAAACUACCUGAAUUACAGCCACCACCUGCUCAUGGAACAGAGUCUGUCACAGAAAAUGAGGAGCUGGUGUGGGCACCUGGGGUCAAUGACUGUGACCUUCUCAUGUACCUACGUGCUGCCAGGAGCAUGGCAGCGUUUGCAGGGAUGUGUGAUGGAGGUUCAACAGAGGAUGGUUGUCUUGCAGCUUCACGGGAUGAUACCACAUUAAAUGCUUUAAAUACGCUCCAUGAAAGCCAAUAUGAUGCAGCCAAAGCCCUGCAGUGUCUGGUGAAGAAACCUGUUCCAAAACUCAUUGAGAAAAGCUGGUCAGAAGAUGAAGUGAAACGGUUUAUCAAAGGUCUCAGACAGUAUGGCAAAAACUUCUUUAAGAUCCGUAAGGAGCUGCUGCCUAGUAAGAAAACGGGUGAGCUAAUCACAUUCUACUACUACUGGAAGAAAACUCCUGAAGCCGUGGCAGCACGACCUCAUCGGCAGCAGAGAAGGCAGCCAGUGUCUCGCAAAGUGAAAACUCGCAACGCGACCGCUGCAGCCAAUGCAACAUCUCGCACUUCUUCCAUGGAACUUAGUUCAGCGAGUGAAGAUGAUCUGGAUAGUGAAGAUAGUGAGCAGGGUGGCAAAGGUCAAGCCUGCAGUCACUGUCUAACCACUAGCUCCAAAGACUGGCAUCAUGGAGGGAGAGACAAUGUUUUGCUGUGCUCUAGUUGCCACUCUCACUUCAGCAAGCAUCGGCGCCUGCCACCUGUUCCUAAACCAGCAGAUCCGCCCUACCUCUUCAAACCUGUCAAAGAAGAGGAAGAGGGAGUCAGACAUGGGAUGAAGACCCGUCGGAGCCGGGUGCCAUCACAUAUUUCAUCUCUUCGAAGUGGGCGCAACAGACCAACCGGAAGUCCCGAGAGGGACAUGUCUCCCACCCUCGAGGAUGUGCGAUCUAAUGGACAGCCCCCCAGAGCCAGUUCCACUGCGAUGGCAACCAGGGCUUCCAGCUCCGAUAUCAAGAAUGGAGUGGCUGGGAAGACUAACAAGAAGAUAAAAGUAGAGGCAUCUAUAGAAAAGGGUGUGAAAAGACAGAGAGAGUCAGCAGCUCCGGAUGCAGAUGAGCCUGAAAGAAAAAACAUGAAACGACCCAAGAAUCAUGAGGGUCCUGAUUCUCCAUCAGAAGGUGAGGGUGAAGGCGAGAGCUCAGAUAGCCGCAGUGCCAAUGAUGAUGGCAGCAGCGACACUAAAGACAUUGAUCAGGACAACCGCAGUUCUUCCCCCAGUCUGGCGAGUCCCCUGCAGGCCAACGAAAGUGACUCGGACUCCCCAGCACCACCCCCUGCACCAGGCUCAACCCCACAAACCCAGCCCCAGCAGCCUGCUGCAACACCCACAACACAUGCCCCCUCUGAAACACCACCAUCUCCUCAGCCCUCUUUGCCUGAAUCCUCAUCUGCCCCUUCACCUGGAGCUUCUACCGCCAUCUCGAAGGCACCAUCCCUAGAGGUUUCCCAGGAGGUUUUAUCUCCAACCACUUUCAGAAGCGGUCCCAGGGGACCCGAAGCCCCCACCUCUUAUUCAAACUCCUCGUCUCAGCAGGUGCAGUGUCCAGGGCAGGGGCAGUCAUUUCCUGUGCCGCUCAAUUAUCAGCACAAUUCAGGUCAGCUGCAGAAUCCUUCAUCCGGCGUGAAUCCUCCAUCAGGAUUUGCUUCCAGACCACUCCACCUUCAAAGAGAGAGCCCUCUUCCUCCUCUUCCCUCUACAGCAGCAUCCCAAAUCAAGCCCCCUCCGACCACUCCAAUUCCACCUUCUCACAAGCCGCCCCCUCACCUUUCUGCACCUCCACCCCAUUUCCUGCAGAUCCAUCCCAAUUUGCCUCCACCUCCUGCUCUAAAGCCUCUUGCUUCCUUGCCCUCACAGCACUUGCCUUGUUCCCAGCCUCCUCCGUUGCACAUAAUUCCACAAAAUCACCCCGCUCAACCUUCAGUUCUGACUCAGUCACAGUGCCAGCAGGUCAAAGGUCAUUCCAGUGGUGCCCCUCCAACUGCAUCGAGUUCUCAACCAUUGCUCCCACAAAAUCGUCCUGCUCCUGAGUCCACUGCUUCAUUUCCUCUUUACACUUCUCCUGUCCCUGCCCAUCAGCCUUCCACUUCCUCCUCAGCAAGCACUCCUGUUGGACAGGCUCAUAUCAAAGAGGAACCAAUUGAUGAGGAGGAAGAGUGUGAUAGCCCACCUCCGCCUCGCAGGAGUCCCUCUCCAGUACCAACAGUGGUUGAUAUACCCAGUCAUGCAAGUCAGUCAGCAAGAUUCAUCAAACACCUCAGCCGAGGUUACAACUCUUGCUCUCGCACAGACCUGUACUUCACCCCACUGGCCUCCUCAAAACUGGCCAAAAAACGAGAGGAAGCUGCUGAAAGAUCUAGAAGAGAAGCAGAGCUGAGCGCUCGACAGGGACGGGAAAGAGAAAGAGAAAGAGAGCGUGAGAGGGAGAGAGAAAGAGAGCGGGAGCGAGAAAGGGAGAGAGACUCUGAUAAAGCCUCUCGUGCGUCAAGCACCUCACACGAUGGCCGAAUAGGUGAACACCUGCUUGCUGCCCAUGUGCAACCAGGCCGUCCAUCAUUCGAACCUCCAACCACUGUGGCUGCAGUCCCACCAUAUCUCGGCCCUGACACUCCAGCCCUCCGCACACUCAGCGAGUACGCCCGCCCCCACGUCAUGUCACCCAGCAACCGCAACCAUCCUUUCUUUAUGCCGCUUGGGGCAGGUGAGCACCUGCUGGCUUAUCACAUGCCAGGGCUGUACGCAGCAGACCCAGCCCUUCGAGAGCGAGAGCUUCGUGAGCUUCGAGAGAGAGAGAUCCGAGAAAGAAUGAAGCCCGGAUUUGAGAUGAAACCGCCAGAGCUUGAGAACCCACUUCAUCCGUCGGCAAAUCACAUGGAGCAUUUUGCCCGCCAUGGUGCCCUGCCUCUGCCUCAUGUGGCUGGGCCUCACCCCUUCGCUCAGUUCCACCCAGCCAUGGACCGCAGCAUAGCGGCACCCCCUCGGCCAGAAAUCAGCUAUGCUGAGCGUUUGACAGCUGAACGGCUUCAUGCUGAAAGGAUGGCCUCUGUUGCUGCUGGUGACCCUGUUGCACGGCUACAGAUGCUCAACGUUACACCACACCACCACCAACACUCACAUAUACACUCCCAUCUUCAUCUGCACCAACAGGACCUUCUCAACCAAGGUGAGAACUUAUCUAGAUCACAUUUUUUUCAAGAAAGUAAAUGGAAAUAUCAAUGUAUUUGUCUUUUAGCCCAAGGGCCUCAUCCUCUGGUGGACCCAUUGGCUGCUGGCCCCCCUCUGGCACGAUUCCCCUACCCACCUGGAGCCAUCUCCAACCCCCUACUCAGUGAGUUACCCAAUGAGCAUGAAAUGCUCCGCCACCCUCUGUUUGGAACACCAUUCCCCAGAGAGCUACCAGGACCCCUGGCUCCGAUGUCAGCUGCGCAUCAGUUGCAGGCGAUGCAGGCACAGUCAGCAGAGCUGCAGAGGCUGGCCCUGGAGCAGCAGUGGCUACAUGGACAUGCACACUUACAUAGUGCUCCUCUCCCCAGCCAAGAAGACUACUACAGCCGUCUGAGGAAAGAGGGAGACAAGCAGUCCUGAAAUGAACAAAUCCUCUACUGUGGAUUACAGAGUGAUUCUGUGUUAAGGGUAUCAGGGCUUUUAUUUCAGAAAAUCCAGUGUGGGUUUAUCCCUGUUUUGGCACUUAUAAACAGUUGACCGAAUCAUUUGUGCUGUAUGAAAUAACUAGCCUUUUGGAGCACAGUGAAUUUGCUUUCCUUGCAUGAACACUAUUUAGAAAUUUCUGUAAUUUAGAAGUUUCUGUAAGAAAUUAAAUUCCCACGUAAUAUUGUUAUUGUGCUGAAAGCACAGUACUGUAGAUUUACUAAGUAUUUGAAAAGUGCUGUCCAGUAUCCAGAGUUUAUCACAAUUUAGUGUCAAUGUUUUGCUGAAACAUUGGUUUUAAGAUUGUAAAUAUGUUUGAAAUAAUAUAUUAACUGUUGAAAUGUAAAAGUUGCAAUGAUAGAUUUGGAUACAAAAACUUCAGAUGUGUGCAAGAAGUGCAUGCUUUCCAUUCUCUAUCCUUCCCUUUCUAUGUCAGCCUCUUCAUCUAUACCUCAGUGAGCUCAUCGAUAUACAGUAAAGCCUAGCUGUAGUAAACUCCACAACACCUUAUUUUAUUGAGCAAUUUAACUUUUUUUGAUUUUAAUAAUGUAGACCAAAUCUAGGCUGAGUAUUAGCAUUAUGAUUGUAUUGUUGAUCCUUCCCUGUCUGGAAACAGAGCUUCUCCAGCUCUGCAGAACAGCCGCUUCACUGCCAUGGACAGACAUAUGAUGCUGUGGAAGACUGGUCAGGCCAACAGUCACCUGCUUGAAGUGUUUACAGGCAUGCUUAAGGACACAAUCUGAUAGAGGAGGUCAGUUUCUGGGCCCUCCCUACUUGGCACAGAAGUUUAGGAAGUUAAUUUAUGGAGAGGUACUGUACCUGCAGUUAGCAAUAAAAUGCAUAUGGUAUAUUUAAUGGUAUCAUCAAUACCAGCUUUAAUUAAACAACCAGGCUACUGUUUAGUAAGUUACAUUUUCAUAGGCAGGCUGGUUGGGAAAGAGCACAGCAUUUUCACAAUAAGAUGAAAUUCAUUAUACAAUACAAGUGUAUUGUUGUGCACUACUAUUAAUUGGUAAAAUAAUAGAAAUCGUGAAAUGUAGUGCCAUUGUUUUGUAUGUGUUGAACCAGACAGUUGAUGAGUGUUAUCUGUUAAUGCCGUUAUUGUGGAAAUUUGAUGGGUCCCUUUUUCCAAAACUGCCAAAAAGUCAUUAUUUUCUUUGAAUUAGUACAAAACAUUUGUACUAGCAUUUUAUAAAGUAUAUGGAUAUUUUUAAUGGGAAAUAUAUUCAAAUUUUUAAUAUCCAUGUCUUUAUGUAUAUUUGUCUGUACAUGCACAGUGUUGUCUGAUUGCAAUUACCUUAUAGUUGGACAUUUCAAAGAUGAAUGCAUGAUUACAAACAGCUCAAAUAAUUUUUGCUCUUCUUUUAACAUGUCAUAUGAACAUAGUCAACUCGGCUCUUUUCAUUUUUUCAUCAGUACAUUUUCUUUUAGUAAUAAAUUCAUUCGUUUUUUUUUUGUAAGCAUAUUUUCUUGAGGCUGUUUCAUAUACACUUAAUACACUGACAUCAGUCUUUGCUUAUGUGUGAUUGAAAUAUUUGACACUCAGAAUCAGUCAUAUUUUUCUGGCACUUUCUGAUACCUCCUUAACUUCCAACUAUAUUUUAUGUGCAAAUUUAUAUUCUUCAUGAAAUGUGCUCAAAUCUGAUUCUUCACUGAAAAACUAUAUUAAUUAUUAU